AUGCCUAGGCUCCCCCUUCUUCUUACCACCGCCACCCUCGCUCUUCUCCCGGGCCUCUCGGCCUUCUCAUUCUCUUUCAGCCACGGGCCAGCCUCUUGUGAUCAGGCGGUGGUGACAUGGUCGGGCGGCCAGUCGCCCUACUCUUUGACCAUCAUACCUGCGUAUGACUAUCCAACGACCGUUAGUAUACCUGACAGCGCAUACGAUGAUGCAUCGGGCACUGGUUCAUACAAUUGGACGGCCAACUAUCCUUCUGGAACGAGUUUCGUCGCCAUGAUGUCUGAUGACUCUGGUACCGGUACUGGCGGCGUAUCUGAGCUAUUCAACAUAUCUAGCGCAUCUUCAGAAUCCUCGUGUGAUAUGAGGUCAGAGGAGACUGAUUUCUUGUUCUAUCUCAAUGAGACUUCUCUUACUCAAUGUCAAGGCGUAGAAGUGUAUUGGGACGAUUCUGCUGUGUCUCCCGUGUCCAUCAUCGGUGCCAUCCCUGGUGGACAAGUUUUUCAGCUCGUAUCGAGUGAUGAAAAGACCACUUCCAUGGUCUGGAGUACCAACGUCCAAGCUGGGACGGAUGUUAUAUUUGCCGCAUUCGACUCUGGUACUCACCUCCAAGGAGGGUCGAGCGACAUUCUGACCAUCCAGGGAUCUGGCGACAAUUCUUGCAUAGAUGACGCUUCGCCUUCGUCAACGCCAGCGGCUUCAACGGCAACGCAGACUGGGGCGUCAGGUGGUACAAAGACGAAUGCGGGAGGUGUCAAGACGGUCACUGCUGUUACCACGCAGACGGCAUCCGCAGCGAGCGGUGCUGCAGGCCUUUCCACUGGCGCCAUCGUCGGUAUCGUCAUGUCUGCUGUAGUCGUUGUUGGUGCUAUCCAGAUUGCUCUCCUCUGGUUCUGCUGCCGCAGACAGAUCCGUGCGCUCAUCUACCACCGCAAAGAAAUGCGAGGUACAGAGAUCAAGCCUAGUGGCGGUGUCGAUCUUGGGCUCGCUUCACGCGCUUCCUUUACUUCAGGGCGCGAGAACGAUGCGGGCAUGGGUGAACUGGCCGGUACUGAACGUCGUGGUAGUCGCUACAGCACUGUGCGAUCUCACGGCGCUGGUGAAGAUUUCGAGGCUGCGUCCUCCAUCUCUCCAUUCUGGGACGGCGCCGCCGCCAUCCCUCCCUCUGGCUCUGUCAUGUCUCUGAACGCCCUCGGCAACGGCCGGCCUCCCACGAUAGGCUCACUGGGCUUUGACUCUGAGGGGGAAUCCCUUCGCCCUCCCCGCGGCGCUUUCGGGAGAGAUCGCAACGAUUCGCUCUCCUCCCUCACCCUCACCAUCCCCGAAACCAUUGACGAAUCCGGCCAGCCCUCGCCCGCAUACGACGCCGCCCAUCCCUCUCCCGCCCUAUCCAACUCUUCCAAUUCGCCUCUUGUGCCCAGCUCUGCUGCUCUCGGCGGUAGGGGCAACAUGUCAAAGGCGCAGAUGGCGGCGAGCCUCAGCGCACAGAAUGCGGAUAGAGAGGGUGAGAGGGAUGUGUACUUUGGCGCUAGGGUGCCGCCUCCGGAAGCGCCGUCCGGUGGAUUCAGGAGACACGUUGAUGCGGGGGCUGUCGAAGAUCUGCCGCCCAUGUACCGACCAGAGUGGGAGAACAGUCCCAGGAAUAGCCAACACGAGCGAGAAUAG